CGAAUGGUCCAUGGCGAAUGUUUCGGUAGUGUGUGUGUGGGAGUAUUAAAACGAUCGAUCGAGUUUUGUUUGAAGUUGAGGAUGAAACCAGGUCCCCACGUGGAAUAAAAGUGGAAUAAAAGCUGGAGCCGGUAGCGAAAAGAUGUAAGUAAGGCGCGCUUGACAGAAAGAACUGGUGAUAUGAUACGAUUGCCAGAAGACUGCGCGGAAUUGAGCAAGUUUCCCAGCCUUGAGGCGGGCGCGGGCGCCGUCGAAGGUGAAAAAGGUGACAGGAGAGCUCGUGUAUACAAACAGCAGGAGCAGCGAUACGACGAAGACAACAAGAAGGACGGGACCGACCGACCGACGAACCGACCUACGACGGCCCAGCUGCGGUCUGCUUAUAAUUUGUCGCGCUCUCUCAACAGGAGGACAGGCAACAUUGGCUCAAUGAUGCGCAAACCCCCUCAGCAUAUAAACGUACUACCCGCCCACCAUGGCACCACGACCAUGUCGGUGGAGCCGACCUAAGAAGCACCCGCGCCGCCGUCGUGCUCGAAUCCAGGAUUACACGAGAGCCAUCGCCGUCGUCGCUGGAGCAAGGCAGGCCGUAAGCGCGAGCUGUGAGGUCGCUGUACGGAUCCUCGGCCUCGGCCCGUGGCCUAGCUCGGCGGACAGAGCACAUUUGCGCACAUUAUUGCACGGGACUUGGCUGCAGCCAGCCGGGUCAGUCCAUCCAUCCUCCGUUCGCUCGUUCGCCCGUGCCUCCCCACCAACAAGAGCAAAUUCAAAAAGAGGCAGAGAUCACGCCGCGAUGUUGGACGGCGAGGAUCCGAAAAUUUUCUCGGCUGCGAUUGUUGAACAGGCGAGGUACAGCGCGGUACAAGGGCCUGUUCAUUACGACCACGUGCGAUAGAUGAGGCGCAAAUUGAUCUCGCCGGCGAGCUUGGGGAUUGUGAUCGCCGGAAGUGUCCGAGGGAGAGGGUGCGGAGGAUUUGCGACGGGGAUGCUGUUGGUGGUUCGCAGGUGUAGCCGACCGACUUGCAUGGCAAGGCCCAGCUGCGCGACUGGGACGACUCUGGGUGUGGCGAAGGAGGGAAAAGCAGCCCUGGAGAGCGCUACUGUUGAUGUCUCGUGUUCAAGUGACUUGUGUUUCCGAGAUGGUCGUGUUCGCUGCCUCUGAUUGCCACGUCCUUUUUGGCGAGUCGCGCUAAUCCGGAAACGGAAGCAUAAUCGUGACACUCUGGAUGAUGGCUCCAUUAUACAGCGGCAAAUAAUUGUGCUCAACGUAAACCGUCCGUGAGU